AUGAAGCCCGUCUAUCUCUUGUCUGUCUUCCUCACCAUGACGACGGCGGCUCCAGCCAUGGAGGCAGGUGCGGCGGCUUUAGGCAUGGAACAGGCAACCGGAGGGAUGGUACAUGCUAGAAACGACGUCUCCACCACGGAGUUUGGAAGAAAAGUUGAGCAAGCCAGAGUGGAACAGCAGCAACAAGGACAACAAGGACAACGCCGGUAUUAA